AUGUCCAGCAGAAACAACAACGUCGGCAAUCGCCACGAACCGCCUCCUGUUCGGGGUUCCACCACGGGCUUUGCAGGACUGCUCAGGCUCAUCCAGGCGAUCGACGCGGACCAAAUACCAGCUGACCGGACAGUCUCACCAGAACGACUCGACGAUUUCACCGUCGAAAUCGCUCGCUGCUCACAACAGCUGCCACAACACCUCAGUCGACACACCACGAGCUUUCUCCAGACCUGGCGCGUCGGGGGCUACGGCAGCAGUGCACAAGACGUAUAUCGAGUGACGAUCCACGCGCUGUUGUGGGACCGGAGCAAGGAUCCACUGCUCUUCCUCGACGGCCGCUUCAACGCCAAAGCGGGCUGGAUUCUCCUCGAAACCGUGUACUUUGCCCCCGCGGAGGGGCCUGGGGAUCGGCUCCGCAGCGGCGCCCUGCUGGACAUCCCAGCGUCGGACUUUAUAUCCAUGAUCUGGGCGAGCAUGAUCGAGAAGCUCGAGCUGCGGGCCAGCGAAACGCUCCUCCACAACGUGGCCUUUGUCAACAUCACGAACCCUUCGGUCCACCGGCUCUGCCGCGUGUUUGCGAGCCUGGUCGACUCCAGCUUCGGCCACGUCGACCGCCCGACCGCGUCGGCGCAGGACAGAGGCAACCCGCGCCAGGGGCUGGGCAUCGUCGGCUUCGAGGACUUUUUCAGCCUGGCGCCGUGCAAGAGCAUCCUGCUCGCCAUGAUCGAGCACCAGGCCGUGUUCAGGGACCGCAUGCCGGUCAGGGUCGGGUGGCGGUACGAGCGUGAAGGACCAGAGUCCGACACGGCCGUUCUGGUUCGCAUGGGUUCCUAUUUCAGGAGGUUCACCGACUCGCCUUUUGCCAUACUUCCGGUCGGUUCGCAGCGCGGUUCACAGUGA